AUGAAUCCCCAAACACGGCUGUUGUUUUCAUUUCUCCUGAAACCGCGUCGCAUCUUACUGUGGCUCUCAAUUGGGAUCGUGGUGUUCAUCGUCCAACCUAUCUUUUCUCUUCACACCAACGCAACCCUCCGCAAAAUAGACGAUAACGACACCAGACCGCGAUUCUGGUAUCGUUCACACUUUCGCAAUAAUCCUGACUUUGAGUAUGAACACAGAAUAUCGAAUGCUUUGCAGGGUAUUGAGAGAGACGUAUUAGCUGGAAAUGGCGGGAAUACGCUGGCUGAAGAACGGAUUUGGCAGAUUGCAAGGGAUGAAGAGCAGAGAGGGGAUGAUUCCAAGGCGUUGGAGCGGCAGAAUAGAGUGUGGACGUACUCUUUAAUGACAGACGAAAAAGCACUUGACUUCAUCGACAACGUUUUAUCUACCGUACCAGAGAUUGCGCAGAUCUACCAUUCAUACCCUUACUACGUCCUUCGCACCGACCUUCUCCGCUAUCUUCUGCUGUGGUACUACGGCGGCUUCUACGCGGACAUCGACGUCUUCCCCGCUCGACCCAUCAAGGGAUGUCCUGAUCUGCGACCUCUUUUCUUCUCGAAUAAUCAAGAGUUGGGUAACAUUUCGCUGGUAGUUGGCAUUGAGCUCGAUGAACCCUACGUUUCUGAGCGUGGGAUGCGCGAAUGGCACUGGACGAGACGAUAUGGGUUCCUACAAUAUACGAUGUACGCGCCACGACGAUUUAGUCCCGUGCUUCGAGAGAUUGUUACGCGGGUCAUGGCGCAUACGAAGCAGCACAAUGAACGACUCGCGAGUUACUUCCUUGGGUACAGCGAGAGUACGAUAUUGGGCAUCUCGGGACCUGAUGUCGUCACAGACGCUGUUCUGGAUGUCCUGUCCACAACACUGCCGCCCACGCACAGGUUGAUGAAUGUAUCCAUGGAAAAAGAUGCGGGCAUCGAUCCUCUUCCCGUCUCCCAUGUUACGGGUGAAACGGAGAGGAGAGUGACCUGGGCCCCGUUUCAUAGAAUCAACGAGCCUCUUUGUGUUGAUGAUGUUGAAGCGGUCCACGAAGGGUCGCUCGGCGGUAUUUGUGUGCUGCCGGUUAAUGCUUGGGGCAAUGGGCAGAGACAUAGUGGUUCGGAGGGGUUUGAGAGUUCGCGGGCGUGCGUGAAUCAUAGGUUUAGGGGGUCGUGGAAGAAGGGGUGGUGGCAGACUCAUUUUGGUUGA